ACUCAUCUGGGAAUGCGCGUAGAGCGCCUGGUGAAAUAAGUGUUCCCGCGUACUUUUGAAAACAAUUCUAAAACAAAAUAACAAGGUUUUGAUGCCAAAUCGCAGCUGUUUCACUGUAAAAUGAGCAAGAAAAAGGAUUCAGAAGCUGCCGAUGCAGUGUUGUCAUACCUUGUAAAAAAUAACAGACCGUACAGUGCAGUUGAUAUAUUUACAAAUCUGCACAAAGAAUAUGGGAAAACGGCUGUCCAAAGAUCAUUGGAAAGCUUAGCAUCAGAGGAUAAAAUACAAGAAAAAGUUUAUGGCAAACAGAAGGUUUAUGCUCCCAAACAGGACCAGUUUUCAGAUUAUGAUGAGGGUGAAAUAAAGAAAAUGGAUUCACAGAUUGCUUCUUUGCAACAGAAGUUAAAAGAGCUUCAAGAUAAAUUCAAUCAACAAGAAAAUGAGCUGAAAAAACUAAAUAGCAGUCUUACAACUGAGCAAGCUCAAACACAGUUAGAUGAAUUAUCUAAAAAGUGUGACAACUACAAACAGCGAUUAACCAAAAUGAAAUCAGCCGACAAUCAUGUAUCUCCUGAAGUGAAAGACCAGAUCCACAAAAAUCACAAGCAAUCUGUAACAAUGUGGAGAAAGAGAAAGAGAAUGUGCACAGACAUUUUGAACUCAAUCUUGGAGGGAUAUCCCAAGCCUAAGAGACAGCUUAUAGAAGAUGUUGGUCUUGAGACAGACGAAGACUAUGGCGUGGUCUUACCUAGCAUCUAGCUAAAGCAGACAGACCAUUACCAUCACAUAUAGGUCACGCAGAUAUUGCUAGUGGGGGCAGAAGCGGUCAGUAGGUUGAGAGAAUGAAAAAUGGUACUUUCUCUAUUUUAGGCAGUCUAGCAGUCGUUACCCUGAUCUUGGGUGAAUAAUCAUUUAGUUAAUUCCAAAUCAUUAUGUUAGAUAUUUCACCACUAGGAUCAAAACUGGCACAUCAAAUGUUACAAUAGUCCAGAUUAAUGAUCCAGAUGGAUAAAACAGAUGGAUUAGGAUGCAUGAAUACAGUACAAGCCUUGGUCUGGGACAAAUUCCAUAAUGCAAAAAAUUGUGAAUACUUCUAUGAUCUUCCUAAAUUAUUCCUGGUCUAUUUGCAAACCGUUAACUCUAAGCAGAGGUUUGCACUGUAUUUAUACAUCCUUAGGGACUAUGACCAGCAGACAUAGUGGCAUUCUAACCUAGACUAUAUUCAGUUGGUAUAUUAUCAGCAUAUUAGCCUGGCUGUUUUGUUAUAUAAAUAAGCACACACCAUGAGGGAAAUAAACCUUAUACAUGUAAACAAACAAUAAGAAAGGAGACUUUUAUAGUCUUUUUUUCCUAUUAAAUAAAACAUUGCUUUGCAAAAACAGAAGGGACAUUUCUUUUAAAAAAUCGUUUUAAAAGUUUGUUUGUUCAUGUUGGUCAUUAACAGAAAUUAAUAUCUUUAGUUUAAUAUUUCUAACUUACUUUUUAGACCUUUAUAAGCUAUUUAGCUAUUUGCAUAAUUAGGGUAGUCACAAUUACCUAUUUUGUUUUUGCAAACUAAUAAUUUCUUGUUCCAUGAAAGUAAUAAUAUUCGGCAGGAUUAACUUUAAUGUCAGUGUCACUGCGAAGAUUGUGAUCAUGCCUAGUUUCCAUGCCCCCCAUGUCAGCCCCACGUAGAGCCUCUCAACGACUGAAAACAAAAACAAAAAAAUUAGCAAUCUUCUUCUGUCAGAAAACGAAAAACAACCGGUUAUGCCUUACCUAUGCUAUAAACUACAGGAUUGUUAAGGCUGUCUAGACUGUUAGGAUGUCCAGUCCGCACUGCUGUUACUUGAGCAAACAUAUUCUAGAGAGGCAAUGUUUUAGAUGGUGAUCAUUCAGAGUUAAGAGAAUCAGCCCAGGCAUAUAGCCAGGAUUUGUUAACGGGGGUAUAUUUUGUGAAAAUGUGUAAAUUGAUGGUGAUUCUUUAAUAAGAAAAGACCCAUUUUUAAUGCCAAGCUAGGUGGGGUGUGCCAACGUAGGGGUCAACCCCUGGCUACGUAUCUGCAGGCAAAUGUCAAACAAGUGUAUAGCUGGUGGUUCAGAAGAUUCUUACUCCCUAGAUAUUUAUUUGCCUGUAAAAUAAAGUUAUGUCAAUACUAAAACUUACAUAUCCUUUAUCUAUCACAAAUGAUAUCUUCUCAGUAUUGAGAAGUCUUCUUUUGCUAGGAGGCGAGUGAUCUUCAUCAUCAAGCAGUUUUAUCAGGAAUUCACUAGGAGUCUUAAAGACAAAUAAAUAGUCACAUCUAAGAUAUAAAAA